UUCUUAUCACUAUCUGUUGCUAUUCCAAAGAAGAAAAUAUGGGUUUGAAAGGCAAGUUGGUUGUUUCAAUGGAGGUGAAAUGUGGAGGACACUUGUUUCAUGACCUUUAUCAAACUAAACCUCAUCAUGUAUCCAACAUAAGCCCCAAUUAUGUCACAGGUUUUGAUCUUCAUGAAGGUGGGAUUGGAGAAGUUGGUUCUGUAGUUACCUGGAAAUAUAAGGAGGAUGGAAAUGCAAAGAUUGCUAAGUGUGUCAUUGAGGCCAUUGAUGAUGAAAAGAAAUCAAACACAUGGAAAGUGAUAGGAGGAGAUCUCCUGGAAGCGUAUAACGAUUUCAUUGUUAACAUAUCCUGCGAUCAGCACUGGAUUACAUGGACACUUGAGUAUGAGAAGAAGACCGAAGACACUUCAGAACCUAUAACUUUCUUGGGAUUUUUCACUUAUUUGUCCAAAGAUAUUGAGGCGCACCAUGUCGAAAAAUAGAAGAACUCAUGCUAUUUGAUAUAUCUGAUCAUAUAUAAUAUAUGUGUGUGUUUGUGUCAUGACCAUUGGACAAUAUUGGCUAUUACUUGGAUGUGAAAUAAAUAAUAAUGUCGUGUUAAAAAAUAAUUAUGUCCAAAUGCCAAUAUAUAAAUAUGAUGUUAAUUGGGUUGUAUAUGAGUGUUGGACAAUAUUGGCGAGCCCUAGAAUGUGGAAUAAAUAAUAUUGUUGUGUUGAAAAAUAUAUUGAUCUGCUUGUUUUUUGUGGAUGUA